GUUUUGCGAAAGUCAAAACACCAAAACAUAAGAUACCUCGUCGAAUGGGAUAUGAAAUUAGCUAACAAUUACCUUUUUAAACGGCAUAUCGUUGUAUCACGUGAACAUGUUUUGAGAACAAGCUUUUAGCAUAUGCACAGUCUUUUUACUAUGAGAAAAGAGUUAACCAAGUAUCCAUAGCGUCUGAAGUGUUUCCUCCUGUACUGGAUUUCUUUGUCGCCAUUACAAGUACUAGCUAACACCGCGCAGGUUUAUUUGGGCGGACACCACAGACAUGACUUCCCGCAUAUGCAAGAACUGUGGUUGUUCCGAGAUCGACCUCGAUCAGGCUCGGGGCAAUGCGGUAUGCACGAACUGUGGGUCUGUGCUGGAGGACAACAUCAUCGUGUCCGAGGUGCAAUUCGUGGAGGGCAGUGGUGGGAUUUCGUCAGCUGUGGGGCAAUUCGUCUCAGCAGAUGGUCCAGUGAAAGCCCCAGUCCUGGGUACUGGGUUCCACACCAGCCUUGGAAAAGAGUCCCGUGCUCAGACGCUGCAGAACGGAAAGCGGCAGAUCCACAACCUGGGUAGCCAGCUGCAGCUCAACCAGCACUGCUUGGACACGGCCUUCAACUUCUUUAAGAUGGUGGUGAGCAAGCACCUGACGCGCGGACGCAAGAUGGCGCACGUCAUUGCCGCCUGCCUCUACUUGGUCUGCCGGACUGAGGGCACGCCCCACAUGCUUCUGGACCUGAGUGAUCUCCUACAGGUGAACGUGUACAUCCUAGGGAAGACCUUCCUCCUGCUGGCUCGAGAGCUCUGCAUCAACUCCCCAGCAAUAGACCCUUGCCUGUACAUCCCUCGUUUCGCCCACAUGCUGGAAUUUGGGGAGAAGACCCAUGAGGUGUCCAUGACUGCACUGCGCCUACUACAGAGGAUGAAGAGGGACUGGAUGCACACGGGACGCAGGCCCUCUGGGCUGUGUGGGGCAGCGCUGCUGGUGGCUGCCCGGAUGCACGAGUUCCGCCGCACCGUCAAGGACGUGAUCGGAGUGGUGAAAGUGUGCGAGGCCACACUGAGGAAAAGAUUGACAGAAUUCGAGGACACUCCCACCAGUCAGCUGACCAUCGAUGAGUUCAUGCGGGUGGAUCUGGAGCAGGAGUGUGACCCACCCUCUUUCACUGCUGGACAGAGGAAGGUCAAGAUGCAGGCGCUUGAACAAGAGUUAGCCAAAAAGCUGGAUGAAGUUCAAGGUGAAAUCAGUUUGUAUCGAGACGAGAUUGAGACGGAGCUGGAAAACAGCAGGCCAAAGCUCAGAGGGAUCUACGCUGCCUAUGCCAAAGAAAUAGACCCGCUGGACGAGGUGCUUUCUCAGGCCUCGUGCUCCAGCCCCAGGGAGGUGGACCCCGAGGAGGACGAGGAGCUGGAGGCAGUUGCCCAACACCUGAACCAGGACUUCCUCUGCCAGGUCAUCCAGGGGGAACAGCAAGGGGAUGAAAGAGGGGGAGAAGGAGUGACAGAGGAGGCACCCCCUCCACAUCCACCACCCAGAGGAGGGCCCUCCCUAGCUUCCAUCCUGGGUCCCUUGCCUAGCGCGGCUAGCCUGGGGCUCAGUGAGUCCAUCCAUGAGUGCAUCGCAGAGGACAAGGACAGUGAUGGCAAGUCAGGGAGCGGGGAAUUGGACCUGGACGGCAUCGACGAUAAUGAAAUUGAGAGGUAUAUCCUCAACGACAAAGAAGUGAGAGUUAAGACGGCUCUGUGGAUGAAGCAGAAUGAGGAAUAUCUGAGGGAGCAGAAAGAAAAGGAGGAGAGGAUAACUAAAGAGAAAGAGCAAGGGACCUACAAGGAAAAGCCCAAGAAAACAUCCAAGAAGCGGGAGCCCAUCCGUGCCAGUACGGCGGGCGAGGCCAUCGAGAAGAUGCUGGAGCAGAAGAAGAUCUCCAGCAAGAUCAACUACGACGUGCUGCGUGACCUUAACAGCAAGGGUGGCAGCGGCAACAGCAGCCCUGCCCAGCCAACCUCCACGGAAGAGCCACCCAGUGGCCCCCCUGGGCGGAAGAGGCUGACCCGCCGCAAGAAGCAGCCCAACAAGACCAAUAUGGGCCUGGCCACCACCAUCAUGGGCAAGAGACUCCGUCCACUUAUAUCCUCUGCAACCAAGAAGAAGAGAGCCGCUUCACAGGUGACCCCUAACCUGACCCCGGCUGCAACCCCUGUUCUGCCCAACUUGUCCAGCCCGCCUAGCCCCAACCCGGCCCCUCCAGGACCCACUAUGGUGGAGAGUGGCCCGGUGGCCUAUGACGAAGUGGCAGAGGAUGAAGAGGAGGAAGAAGUGGAGGAGCCCUGUGUCAGUGCGUUGCAGCUCCUAGGAGGAAACGAGUACGGCUGUGAGGCUGAAGAGGAAGAGGUUUUCUAGGCUCGAUUUUUCCUCUUCUUUCAUCAAAUACUGCGGAUUCCCCAAAAUAGUUGUCUCAUCAUUGACCUCUUUGAGCGGGGGACAGUCGCCAGAGGAAGGGAGGAGAGGAAAAGGACAUCCACUGUUCAGAUAAACUGCUAAGGUGAACAUGGAGUGUGGCUGGGUGUGGGGAGAGCUACGGGGUAUGCAAGCUUUUAUUCCAGCCUUGCUCAAACACACCUGAUUCAGCCAAUCAAUGUCAUGAUCAGGAGUUGGUUAGUAGAAUCAGGUGUGUUCCUGCACAACCAGUCGCUCUCUAUGAGGAGGAUUGGCCAUCCCCUGUCUUCUAGAAAGACGGGUACCAUUUUGGGGUUGGGAACUCUGGAGUGCAUUAGCAAAUGAUACAUAUAUACGUGAAUCAGUGAAGUUAAAGCAGUGCAGGGUAUAUGCAGAUUGCAAGUGACUGGCUUCAGUGAAUGGCUUCACAUUAUCUUCAAUGGCUACAAUGUGACUAUACCUCUUUAGCCAUCUUGAAGUGUAGGGUGAAAUUUCCUCUAGAUGCUGAUCUUGAAUCAGUUUUGCCAGUAAUGAAGGUUAGAAUUUGGGGGGGGGGGGGUGCUAAUCCUGUGCUUUUUUUCCUUUCCUUUUGAAAAAUAUUUUUCACAAAUAUCCACAAUCCUCGGUCACCUACUUUUCUAUUGUUACAGAGUUCACACUGAUCCGUCUGUCCACUCAAUGAGCAGUCGGCGAGAACAGCUAGGUCGUGCCAGUUCACUGGUACUGCAAUGGGCCUUUUGUCAUUGCCGCAUUGCAUUAUGCUCUGUAGAGAGGGCCUGCGUCCCAAAUGGAAUCCUAUUAUUCCCUACAUAAUGCACUAUGGUCAAAAGUAGUGCACUAUAUAGGGAAUGCCAUUUGGGAAACGGUCAGGGAAAGGGCAUACCGGAGUGUAUCCACUCAACCUUGCUCGCCUUUCGUAGCGGUGCUAUAAUUGUCAAAACGGGACGUUGGCUUCAGCUGGCAGGGCUAUUCAAUGCAUCUAUGGGCACUGAGUAGCACAAUGGGCACAACAUGCCCCUCACCAUUAUCUCAAUAAACACCCGAGUUGGUCAGUCCCUUUUCAAUUCCAGUCAUUGAAAUUAACAUUUGGAAUUAUUUAUCUUGUUGUUUAUUACCGACUGUCAUGUGGUUGAAAGGGAAUUGAUACUGUGCUUACGUCCAUCCUUGUUUACCCCCGUCCUUUGAUCUCUGUAGAAUCUCCCUUUAUGAUCGUCAUCAAAUGCUGGUAUUCACAAAUGCAGUUUUUUAAAUAAUGAAAUUAACUGGCAUCCAUUUAGUAAAAUAUGUACCUAAUGCAAAACUCAGUGGGUGGUAUUUUGAAAAAGCAAAGAAGUGCCGCACGACCUAGCUGUUCUCGCCGACUGCUCAUUGAGUGGACAGACGGAUCAGUGUGAACUCUGUAACAAUAGAAAAGUAGGUGACCGAGGAUUGUGGAUAUUUUCAAAAAUAAAAUGCUGCUACGAUUAUUAGGAGUAAUACGGUCACUUUCCACACUAGCGGCACUUUUAUGCUUUGACAAAGUGAGGCCUGAUGUAUCCAUGAAACCUAGAAUAGUACAAGCACUCCAAGGCAGCUAUCUCUUGGUAGAGCUCUGUAUAUCAUUGUAAAAAGGAAGGGAAAAAAGAAAAGAAAGUUUACUGAAAUGCUUUUGUUUGUUUGUAGAAAUGUCAUUGUAUUUCAGCUAUUUUAUCUUGUGCAUACUUUUCAAAAGCAAAUCUGAAGAACUACAACUAUGUAUGAAUGUAAAUAUCAAUCCUUGUUGGGUAGUCUGUUUGUAUGUUUAUAUAUGUUGUUUCGCCUCAAAUGGCCAUUUCAGAUGAAAUAUUAGCCUGUUUUUGUACAUUUACUUACAUUAUGUUUUAUGACAAAAUUCUGUCAUUUUAUGAUUUUAUAUGAAUUCACUGGUAAACUGAAAAGGAUGGUAGAUCCUGGUGUUCUGUAUUUUGAUAUUCUACACGUCAAGUCCACCAGCUUUUGAACAGAACAUUUCCUAACAGCAUUCCAAGUUAAUCUAGGCCUGGAUUCAAUCCAAGGUGUGUUAUAGCGCACAUCUCUAUACAUCCGACAAUGUGCCUUUUAAAGGCAUUUUCCUUGAUGUUCGCAGAGAUAGCAUUCACAGUGCUUAUGGCAGCUCAAUCGUAAAUUACUGUUUAAAGUCGGUUACAGUGUACUGUGGUAUAGUGUACUGUGGUACACAAUAACGUGCCUUGCAUUGAAUCCCGGCCCUAGUUAAGGAACAAUAGUUCCUCACAACAACACAAUCACACACAUUCCAUUUUUAUCAGUGAAUAAACUAAUUUCAGUUA